AAUUUCUAUUAAUACAGUUAAGAUAACUUGUUGAUUUGUAACACUUUUCUAUCUCAAACUUUAUCGAUAAAUUUAUUAUUAAGUAUGGAAGUUAUAAUACGUAAAGCAAGACGUGAAGAUUGUAAAGCUAUCAAAAAUUUAAUACAGGAAUUAGCAGACUUUGAGCACAUGUCAGAGGGACCAAAGAUUAAUCACACGACAUUAGAAGCUGAUGGAUUUGAUGCAGAACAUCCCUUAUUCAUUUGCUAUGUGGCUGAAGUUAAUAAAAAUGUAGUAGGAUAUGCAAUUUCAUAUUACACAUAUUCAACUUGGUGUGGAAAAGCUAUGUACCUGGAAGAUAUUUAUGUAACACUUGAAUAUCGAAAGAAGCAUAUUGGUAGUAAAUUAUUAAAAGCUAUUGCCAAGGAAGCAGUGGAUACCAAUUGCUGCAGAUUAGAUUUUUCAGUUCUUGAAUGGAACCCCGCACAACAUUUUUACAAGGUCAAAGGAGCAGCUGAUUUAACAUUAGAGGAAGGAUGGCAUCACUAUCGUUUUUCAGACACAGCUUUGAAAGCUUUAUCUACAGCUACUGACGCAUAAUCAUCAUUUUAUUAAUAACAUUAUUUUUGUACCACAAAGACUUUU